AAUUUGGUAGUCGAGUUGUUCUAAGAGCUGGCAACACUGCCAUUGUGACGUCACAUGAAAUAGGCUGACGACACCUUUUUAGACUUCGUAAUAAAAUAAUUUUCAGUGGUAUUUCGUAGUGUUUCUAUGGUUUAUAGUGAUUUUGAACAAACGUAAACUUUAAAUUAACUCAGUGUUGUGUUAAAAUUUCACUCGGUGCGAUGGGCCACCAAUAAUUUUAGUGACAACGAGUGAUGAAGGAAAAAGAAAAUGGCUGCCUUCGAACGCAUGUUGUUAACCCGAAAACAUAUAAUGAUAAAUGACAGAUACAACCUUAUUCGCAAAAUCGGCGGUGGCAGCUUUGGGGACAUAUUUUUAGCCAUAUACGUUAACGAUGGAGAGGAGGUAGCAGUGAAGAUAGAAUCUAUAAAGGCGCGACACCCACAACUUCUCUAUGAAAGCCGAGUGUAUAAGAUGCUCCAAGGGGGCAUCGGCAUACCACACAUAAGAUGGUACGGCUACGAGAAGGACCACAACAUCCUGGUGAUGGACCUGCUAGGUCCCUCACUGGAGGACCUCUUCAACUUCUGCUCGCGCCAGUUCACGAUCAAGACUGUUCUCAUGCUGGCAGAUCAAAUGCUGGGUCGCGUGGAGUUUAUCCACUGCAAGUGUUUCAUCCACCGCGAUAUAAAGCCGGACAACUUCCUGAUGGGCAUCGGGCGCCAUUGCAACAAGCUCUACAUGAUCGACUUCGGCCUCGCCAAGAAAUACAGGGACCUGCGCACGCGCACCCACAUCACCUACCGCGAGGAUAAGAAUCUAACCGACUCACCAUCUCGCAUACCGGACCACGGCCCCCCGCCACCAUCACCUUAUUUCUUCCCAAAGAAUGAACCUAUCGUGGAAGAGCCAUGCCUUUGCUCCAGCCUCCGAAACGUAAAAGACAACUUCCUAACCAACCCCACUGGGCUACUCAACAAAAUCCUCAUGCAUAAUGACCUCUUCUCCUUCAACAAAGAUCCCGUCUCUUCCACCUUAUGUUGUGAUUCUCAUGAACAUAUCCAGGAAGGGACGGUUGUGUUUGAAUUCCCACCGAACCAAAAACCUUUGAAGCCGACCGUCACACGAUCGAAUCCCCUGCCCAUGAUGCCCUUCUUAUUCGAUAGCGUCAUCCCAAAUAAGUCGAUGCUACCCCCAUUAAAGACAAAAGCCAUAGAAAUAUUCUUGUUCCCCAAGAAAAAAGACAUGGGCGCCUUUGACAUGUCCAAAUUCCAACCCAAGAAAAAGGAGAUAGUCCCCAAAGAUGGCAUCACAAUCGUUGGCGACAAGGAGUUGAAAAACAAUAUUAAUAUGUUUAAACCCGCGCUUCCUGUACAAAUCGUCAAGAAAGAUUUGACAGUACAGGAAAAGAUUGAUAAAGAAAAGGAAAAAGAAAUCCAAACUCAGAUUCAGAAAGACAAAGAAAAUGAAACUGAGAAGCCGGCAGACGAUACUGAUAAGAUUAUAGUAGAGCCUGCAAGCAAGCCGAAUGCAGUGUAAAUGGGAAUGUAUAAU